GCUCGCUCGCUCGCCACAGGAGCUGCUACGGACCCGCGCGCACACCGGCUGGGAGACACAAUAUCCAUUCUUUCCCAUUUCAUUUUCCUCAGUUUUUAUUCCGGCAAGCGAUAGCCAGCUCUAGAUCUAGACGUGCGUGGAAACAUUUCCAAAUUACCUAUGAAAAAACCCCCAACAAAAAUAAUUUCUGAACUAAAACAAGAAAAUUGAAUUCGAAAUUAUUUAAAGAAAAAAAAUAAAAUUAAGACAGCAUAUCACAUCCGACUUAAAGUGACGUUUUGGAAGCUGAAAGCAGUGCGGGAUAUAAACUGUAGAGACAGACAGACAGACUGACAGCAGGAAAGGAAAAGUGAAUCCACGGUUUGUUUGAUCUUUGCUAGUUAGUUAGGAAGGAGCGGGACACGUGCUUCGGACUGUGAUUUUCCUCUGAUCUGAUGGAUUUUUGGCGUUUGUGCGCGCGUGUGUGUGUGGGAAUUCUUUGACUCUUUGUGAAGAAGUUUGUCACUGGAGCCGGUUAAAACAUCAGUGAUGAGUGAACAUCGCUCGUCGUGAGUUUGCUACGCGUGAGUUGUUACAGGGAUACUGUGGUGCGUGUUUGUGUGUGUACGCGCAAGUGUUACGGUAUCGUCUUGUAAGACGGUUCACGUGUCGUCGUUUUGUGACCUGAAUAAAGAAAACAGUCUGGAAAAAAAAGGAACUGAAACCUCCGAGUGAAACUGUGACAAAACUGUGAGGAGAGCCUACGUGAGUAGGUCUUCUAUUCGCUCUGACUGGACCCACCCACCACCAGCGUUAUAUUGUGAGCCUGUGUGUCACCAGUGGAUGGAUUAUCUCCCCGCGGAUUGUUGUUCUCCUCGGACUCUGGAUUAGGAUUAGGAUUAUCUCUGCGUCGUUGUUGUGAAGCAGCACCAGCCUUGAUGAGCGCGCGGGGGGCGGUGAGCGCACCAUGCUGCUCGCUUGGAUGAGUCGGUGGUCGUCUUUACCUCAUCCUCAUCAACUCACCCGCGCCCCUCACACGGACCCUCAGCUCGUCCUCCUCCGCUCCUCCCACUCGCCCUCCUCCUCCUUCUCCUCCUCGUCCUCGUCCUCGUCCUCCUCGUCCAGUCCCUCAGCAGCUGACCAGCUGUACUCUGGUGCCGUCUCCCCCACCACCACCUCCUCAUCUUCCUCCUCCUCCUCCUCGUCGUUUUGUCGUCGUCGUCAUCAUCAUCGUGAAAAUCAGCUAGCAGCAUCAGCAGAAGAAGAAGCGAGCUCUGGUCUUCCCCUCCUCCUGUGUCCGGGUGCGGUACGGCGAGGCUGAGAUGCGAACUCCGCCCCGCUGUCAACCGGCUGGGAGGUAGAGUGAUAUGUACGUUGGGUGGAGCUCCCGCCUGCCACAGCCUCACUACACCAGGAGCCUCGGAGCAGCCCACAGGACACCCGCCCAACGCCCAACACACGGGCUCGCUCUCGGCACACGUUUGACCACUGUCCUUUUCCUUCUCGCCACCUGCUUUCACAUAGACUCGGAGCGUGACCUGGUACUUCCGGCCAGCGUAACGGACCGUGCCCUGGAGCUCCUGGCCCAGCACCGGGAGAUCAGCUUCCUGUUCUCUGUCAAGCAGGACGUGGGCGACUCCGGCACACUCAUCGCUUUCUCCUCGCCCAACUCCAGAUUUCUGGAGAUCGAGAGCAGUGGUCGACGGAACGAGCUGCGCUUCCACUAUAGCCACGACCAGCAUGUCCGAGUAGAGACAUUUCCCUACAGACUGGCGGACGGACUGUGGCACAAACUGGCCGUUACCCUCAGCGGCGACCACGUGUCUGUGUACGUCAACUGCAGCCGUAUCUACCAGAGGGUCAUUUUCCCGCCAGACCGAACGUCUCCUGGUUCCGGCUCGCCCCUGUCGCUCUACGUGGGCCAGAGGAAUGGGCAGCACGCGCUGUUCAGGGGAGCGCUCCAAGACGUGAGGAUCGUCACACAAGCCCAUGGCUUCUUGUUACAGUGUCCAGACUCAGACACAGAGUGUCCAACAUGUGCGAAAUUCCAAGACCUGGAACAACGUGUUCUAGAGAUGUCCACUAUGUAUAAAGAUAUAUCAUUACAGUUGGUGAAGGCGGAGGAGAGGUUAGCGAAUCUGGAGCAGUGUGAGUGUUUACAUUACUGCUAUGACAACGGCACUCAGCGUCGGGAGGGGGAGGAGUGGAAGAAAGAUAAAUGUAAUAUGUGCAGAUGUAAGAAUGGAACGGUAGAGUGUCACCAGGAGGAGUGCCCAGCGACUGAGUGUUCAAAUCCCGUGUACAGAGACGGGGAGUGUUGCCCUAUUUGUGUCAUAAACUGCUACUACAGCGGCAAGUACUACAACCACGGAGAGGGCAUGAGCCCGCGUGUGUGCGUCACGUGCACGUGCAAUAACGGCCGCAUGGUAUGUGAGAGACAGGACACAGAGGAGACCUGUCCCAAACUGGACUGUCCCAAGUCCGAGAGGUUUGAGGUCCACGGGCAGUGCUGUCCAGUCUGCAAAAACAUAGACGAGUGCCAGCAGUCGGGAGGCCGACACGGCCAUCACUGUAGCGUCAAUACAGAGUGCGUCAACACACCAGGCUCCUACCGCUGUGACUGCAUCAAGGGACACAACCGACUCGACUCGUAUGAGUGCAAAGAUUAUGACGAGUGUGUUCACGGAACCCACAAGUGUCACCCGGACGCACACUGUGUCAACGUCAACGGAAGCUACUCCUGCACAUGCGCAGACGGCUACGCUGGGGACGGCUUCGACUGUCAGCCUCACUGCGUGGGAUGUCGGAACGGCGGGAGAUGUAUCGCGCCCAACGUGUGUGAGUGUCGUCACGGCUAUAUCGGACCAAACUGCGAACAUGACAUCGACGAGUGUGCGCUGGGCAUCUCCAAGUGUCACGGCAACUCUGUGUGCGUCAACAUGCCCGGACGUUACCACUGUGACUGUCUGGAGGGGUACCACUCCUCAUGGCCUGAGAACCAUCACGGCAGUCUGUGCUUUGACAUGGACGAGUGUCGUGACGAAGGUGAAGGUCACACCUGCCAUCCCAGCAUGCAAUGCGUCAACACAGACGGCGCCUACAGCUGCGAGUGCAAGUCUCCGAACUCCUGCAACUCCGACCGGCCGCACGGUAUGCCACCAGGCCCGCUGUGACUGCAAUGACCCCGCCGUUGACCUUGACUGUUGCCCCCGCUGUGACCUAAGCAGCACGUGCCAGCACCAGGAGUACAAGACUCACCAGCAGAACGGCGACACCUGGGUCUACCAGUGCAUGCUCUGCGAGUGUCUCGCCGGCCACAUCUGCUGCACCUUCUCCCAGACCUGUACCACGCCAUACAGCCUCAAGUAGGGGACUGACUCUGUGCUCUACGUCAUAGACACUGUGCUCUACGUCAUAUACCCUGUGCUCUACGUCAUAGACCCUGUGCUCUACGUCAUAGACCUUGUGCUCUACGUCAUAGACGCUGUGCUCUACAUCAUAGUGCUCUACGUCAUAGUGCUCUGUGCUCUACAUCAUAGACCCUGUGCUGUACGUUAUAGACUAUGUGCUCCAUGUCAUAGACUCUGAGCUCUACGUCAUAGACUCUCUGCUCUUCGUCAUAGUGCUCUACGUAAUAAACGCUGUGUUCUACGUCAUAGACUCUGUGCUCUACGUCAUACGUUCGACCCCACGUGACCUCGUCUCUUCUCGUCGCAUCGGAUCUCAUAAAGGCUUAGUUCUCGAAACUCAUGCAAUCUCAUUUUUCUCUUGUCUCCAUCUCCCCGCAUCACGUCUAAUCCAAGUUCUCUCAACUCAUUUCAUUUUCUUUUCUGUCUCCGUCUCAUUAGAUCUCGACACCUCUUAGUCCUCUCAUCCUAUCUUAUUUUCUCUUCUGCCUUCAUCUCUUUUCGUGUGAUCAUAUUAUUUCACUGCUUCUCCACACACCUCAUCAAAUGUCGUCAUAUCUAAUCUCAUCAUGUCACAUCUCAUGUCAUCUUCUCCUUCUACGUGACGCUGAACUGAGAGGAAAAGUUCGCCUCUGACGUGGUCAUCAGAAUACGGUCAUCUCUUGCCAGAAUCACCGACGAGACAGCAGACAGAAAGAAAGAACGAGCAUUCAAACUGCACACGAAUCCUGGGACAUAGAUCUAGCAUUAGAACAUCCAUGACAACGACCCGCGACACGAACUCCUGCCUUCCGUUUCCGUCUCGAGCCAUCACUUGCUUUGUAAUACUUAAAUGUUUAUUUUUCUUUAAUUAAAUAAUGAUACGUUAUAUAAUUAUAAUUAUUUCCUGCUGCAGUCUAUGGUACCUGUUUACUGUGUCAUGCUGUGAAGGCUCGACGGUUGCUACGGGGAGUAUCUGCUUUGUCGAAGACUUG